CCCGCCGCGGCGAGCGCGCGCGGCGGCGGCGGCGGCACCUGAGCGCAGGAUGAAGGAGUGGUGGGUGCAGGUGGGGCUGCUGGGGGUGCCCCUCCUGGCCGUGUACCUGCACCUGCCCCCGCCCCAGCCCUCCCCCCCACUGCGCUCCUGGAGAGCCUCCGGAACCUUCUUCACCUACAAGGGCCGGAACAUCUUCUACAGAGACUCGGGCGGCGCCGUCGGAAGCUCUGACGUCGUGAUCCUGCUGCACGGAUUCCCGACUUCCAGCUACGACUGGAGCAAGAUCUGGGAAGGGCUGACCCAGCGCUUCCACCGGGUGAUUGCCCUGGAUUUCCUGGGAUUUGGCUUCAGCGACAAGCCCAGGCCCCACCGCUAUUCCAUCUUCGAGCAGGCCAACGUCGUGGAAGGGCUCGCGCGGCACCUCGGCCUCCAGCGCCACCGGAUCAACCUCCUGGCCCACGACUACGGGGACACGGUGGCCCAGGAGCUGCUCCACAGGUACGAGCACAAUAAAACCGGGAGCAUCCUGAUCAACAGCCUCUGCUUAUCCAACGGAGGGAUUUUUCCGGAAACAAACCACCCCAGGUUCAUCCAGAAGCUCCUCCAGAAUGGGGGUUUGCUGUCCCCCCUCCUCCUGCGCCUGAUGAACUUCUUCUUCUUCUCCAGAGGUCUUGGAGCAGUUUUUGGGCCCCACACGCAACCCUCGCAGGCGGAAUUCUGGGAUAUGUGGACGGCGGUGCGGAAUAACGACGGGAAUCUCGUCAUGGACAGUGUUUUGCAGUACAUCAACGAGAGGAAGCAGCACAGUGACCACUGGGUCGGGGCUCUGGUGUCCACCUCUGUCCCACUGCAUCUCAUCUACGGCCCCCUGGACCCUGUGAAUCCACACCCGGAGUUUCUCCAGCUUUACAGGAAGCUGCUUCCCAUGUCCACAGUGUCUGUGCUGGACGACCACAUCAGCCACUAUCCCCAGCUGGAGGAUCCCACGGGAUUCCUGAACUCGUACCUCAACUUCAUCAACUCCUUCUGAGCUGCUGCCGCUCCAGUUCUUCGCUCCCUGCUUCCCAGUCAGGCUUUGGGGGGCAGGAAAAAACCUUGGCUUUACCUCCCAGAGCCAGUACUUUGAACUCAGGGCUGCACUUGGGCAGUUAAAUCCUUUUAAAACACCAGGAAAACGUCAGGGAGGUGUGGGAAAAGCAAAGAGUUCUGGGAUGCCAACAGCUUUCCCACCCUCUGGACCAGCCUAACCUUGGAUUUAGAGGUGAACUCAGCAUUAAAUCAGUGUUUCUUCCUUUCUUCCUCACCCUGGCUUGGUAAAGAAACACCAGUUCAGCAGCAGAGAGGUCCCUUCCCUUCCCUUCC